AUUACGUGUGAUGUACAGAUUAGCAUAUCUUAUGUGCGUGUGUUGUUGUGAUAACUAAAGUGCGUGUGUGUAUAUAAACCUAUAAACACAUAUCUUAUCUCACCAGUCACAAUCUUCCUCGUCUUCUUUCUCUCUCUUAAGGAUCUAAGAAGAAAUCUGAAGAAAGCAAAAGGUUCGAGGGAGAUGGCGACGGAAAACAAAAGAGCCGACGAUAUCGUCUUUUCUCAGGAACGAGAGUCGUCUACCUGUGGUACGAACAAAUACAAAGGACUUGUGCCAAAGAAAAAGCCUCUCAUUUCGCAGCCCAAACGUGCCUUUUUUGAUUCUGCAGACUGGGUUUUAUACAAGCAACAAGCAAGUGCAGAUGAGAGAACAAUAGAGGCGAUAGAAAACUUAAGACCCAAACUAGUGAGAACGCCUCACAAGCAACUUCCCCCAAGGGGACCUACCUUUGCAACUGGACAAGAGAAUCUGGUGAUAAACUACUCUACUGGAACUUCAGGCAGCAUAGGAAUGGAAUCAUGCACAAGCGGACACCAAGAUCUCAACUCCUCGCAGCUCCUCCACAAAUCAAACACAUCACGUUCCUGCUUGCCCUCCGCCGGCGAUCCCACCUGGUGUACUAGUCUGCAAGGUCGAUGCGGUUUGGGCCGUCAAUUCCGGACGUUGUGACAUAGAUGGGAUAGUCACUGGAAGCACUGCACUAUCUCUCUCCACCAUCUCUGAAGCGCAUAGUCAUGUAUCAUCAGCUUUAAUGGCAGAAGCCAUUGCUGUCCAUCCAGCGGUAUCUCUUGCCGUUUAUUCAAACAUCCGAUUUAUGGCGGUUCUAUCUGAUUCAAUAUCUCUAAUCAAGCUCUUGGAUAAGAGAAGAUACCACCUGAAAGGUUUGGUAGCAUGUUUGAUAUCUAUCAUUUUAUGUUUUUCUUUGAUGUUACCUCUUUUGAUUUAUUUCUAGAAAUUUCUGAGGUUGAUUAUGUGGCAAAAUUAGUUUUUGCUAUGUUUGUAACGAACUUCAUUAAUGGAGUGUUGUAGAACCUUUUAAGUAAUGCAACGCUUGUUUGAUCAAAUAAAAAUUAAGAA